AUGGCGCGGGCCAAAGGCCUGGCCCGCAUCAGCGCCUACACCCGGGCAGAGGACCAUCUGAGAGAAAAGACCGUGCAUGGAGGGAUAGUGACCAUCAUCGGCAUCCUGGUGGCCGUGGUGCUGUUCGCGGGAGAGGCGCAUCGAUGCUUGAGCUACCACAUGGUGCAGACGAUGAAGGUGGACACGACGCGCGACGAGCUGCUGCACAUACACUUCAACAUCACCUUCCCUGCGCUGCCCUGCUCCUCUCUGACAAUGGACACGGGCGACGUCAGCGGCACCUACCACUCGGAGCUGGGGGUUGCCGUGGCCAGGAACGGGGAGCUGCACAAGUGGCGGCUGGAUGCUGAGGGCCGGCGCAGCGAUCGGGAGGAGUACCACCCGCCACGGAUAAACGCGCACGAGUCCGCCUUUGCCAUGUCCUUCAACCUGGGCUCGGCCAACCUGGAGAACAUGAGGAAGGCAAUGCUGGCGCACGAGGGCUGCCUCAUCCACGGCUGGGUGGCAGUGCAGAAGGUGGCGGGCAACCUCCACUUCUCGGUCCGGCCCGAGGCCCUCUUCAUGUCCAUGAACGAGGCGGAGAUCAUCGGCGCCCUCCUCACAAGGCACAUGCACCUGAAUGUGGAGCACACACCCGACGCCUCGGCCCUGAACGCCAGCCACGUCAUCCACACACUGAGGUUUGGGGAGAAGGGCUACCCCGGGCAGGCCUACCCGCUGGAGGGCGUGCGCCGCAUCGACCGCAAGGCCACCGGCAUCGACAAGUACUUUGUCAAGGUAGUGCCCACGCGCUACCGCCGCGGCGCCUGGCGCGGCGACGUGCGCACGCACCAGUACUCUGUCACCGAGUACUAUGCGCCGGUGGACACCAAGGCCAGCAACCUGCUGCCGGGCAUCUUCUUCCUCUACGACACCUCCCCCAUCGCCAUGGACGUCGAGUUCCGACGGCCGGGUCUCCUGCACCUCCUCGUACGCGCCGCGGCGGUGGUGGGCGGCACCUUUGCCCUCACGGGCUUCUGGGAUCGCGUCGUGCACAUGCUGGUGCUGCGAUUUGGGCCGCCGCAAGGUGGGCCGGGGCCCUCUCCCGUCACGCGGCAGAGGGUGUGA